GGUCUAGUUCUGAAUCUGAUUGUAAUGAGGCAAAGGCGUGAUUUUAAGGCACAAUGGAUGUAACGGUGAAUAAUUUUUUUCUUCACGGAAGUGUAUGAUCUAAUCUUGGCUGAUGGAGAUAAUUGAUUCAGGCAAGCGACAACACUGGAUGAUUAUAGUUUAGUCUUCGUGCAUCUUUUGCGCGCGCUGCAUUCUCUUGUCGUCCUCUUGCACUCUUGCACGGACAAUCGCAAGAUAACAAAUGCUCUAAGAAGACAGUAGGCUGACACCGUCUCCUGGUUCAGACACAGUCAUGACAAUGGGGCUAUUAAGUUUGAGAGUGAUGGCGACAACAAGACUUCUCCGGCUGCUACGGUUUGAAGUCUGGCUUGUAAUCGCGCUGUCGAUGUCGGCGGCUUCGCUAGCCACCACAGACUCGAUGUCUACUUCAGCGUUCAGUGAUACGAUGAUGUCUACGACGUUGUCAUCACAAUCCACCGUCAUCAAUGACUUCGAAUCGGCAUCGUCGAUUCCCUUCACAACCUUCCAGACCGAGGCAAACCAAUCACAGGGUGUUGGAUCCUCUGAUGGAGUCGGGAGAGACGGGAAAAUACCGAUUUACCUGGGUGGGUUUUUCACCCUUGGAGGGAAUUGGGACGGUAGUGGUAUAUUACCUGUGGUAGAGAUGGCAUUAGAGCAUGUUAACAAUCGCCCUGAUCUCCUCGCUGAUUAUGAACUCAGAAUGGUGUGGAAUGAUACACAGUGUGAUGCUGGUCUAGGAACCAAGAUCCUCUUUGAUCAGAUCUUCAGAGAACCUCAGAAAUUGAUGAUUCUUGGUCCAGCUUGUUCAACUGCUACACAAGCCGUAGCUGGCACAGCACACUACUGGAACCUUGUCACGAUGUCGUAUGCUGCUGCGUCAUCAAUCCUGUCAAACAGGAAUAAGUAUCCAUUGUUCUAUCGGACUUACAUGCCAGAUUCUAUGUAUAACCCUGCUAGGGUACGUCUCAUCAAGGAGUAUGGAUGGACAAGGGUCGCCACUAUUCACGAGAAUCAUGAGCUUUUCUCGCUUGCGAUCGAUAAUCUACUUACUCUUUUGCGACAAGCUAACAUCACCAUCAUUACCUCUGAAAGCUUCUCAGAGAACCCAAGAAAUCAAGUAGAAAAUCUCAAGAAUCAAGAUGCUAAGAUCAUCCUUGCAAACAUGUAUGAGAACAUGGCACGAAGGGUUUUCUGUGAGGCCUACAAACAGGGUUUAACAGGAGAAGGGUUCGUUUGGUUCAUGAUCGGUUGGUAUAGCGAUGGUUGGUACCAGGUUCCCGACCCCGAUGUAACUUGUACUAUUUCUCAGAUGAAAGAAGCUGUCGAGGGAUCGUAUUACAUCGCUACUGAGAGCUUACAGCUUAGCCCAAGUAAAGAAGCGGGAAUCACUGGUCUGACUGCUGAGACGUACACCAAAGAGAUACGACAGCGACUAGACAGCCCACGGUACGCUAAUCUGAAUUAUACCUUCAAUAAUCUGGCGCCCUUCGGAUACGACGCAACUUGGGCCGUAGCUCUCAUGUUUAACCGUUCUGUAGAGGUGCUGAAGAAUAUGACGUUCAAAGAUGGCGUUCCUAGGAGACUGGAAAACUUUACAUACGAGGAUAAAGAGAUGGCUCAACUCUUCUUUCGUCUCCUGAAUGAAACGGAAUUCACCGGUAUUACGGGGCCAGUGAGUUUCAAGAGUGGAGACAGAGUGGGAAUAACUCAGAUUGAACAACUUCAACAGGGCUGCACGAACGACCAGUUUCAGAUCGAAUCUGUGUGUCUGACUUUAAACACCGACAUUGAGACGUGGUCGGUGGCCAGUUCGGCAUGCAGCCAAUUGGGUGAUAGGACGUUAUUUACUCCUUCCCUGGACGCAAUCGAGGACCUGAUCGACAUCGUUUCCGAAGAUGGCAUGACGAAUACCAAAUGGUACAUAGGUCUGUAUGUUGACUCUGAUGGUCAGUUUAAUGACGUAAGCGACUCGUUGAACCAGUCUGAAUUACAAGCCUUGACAGACUCAUGGUCGUCAUCAUUAACAAGUGGUUGCAUGGUCAUUGAUCUCGACCAAGCUGACGAAGAUGGCAAUCUCCUCAUCGUAGACUGCAACCAGACCUACCCGUUCAUCUGCUCUCAACCAACCAUAUUUCUAGAGCAACGAUUAGGACUAUAUGAUACGGCAGGAGAUGUCUUAGACUGGAAUUCAAGAGGUAUUUUUUGGCCAGGGACUGGUGAACCACCACUUGAUAGUACCCCUGAGGUUAUCAUCGUGAUCAAGGAAAUUUACGAGGGCAUUGAUACAUAUCUCUAUAUCAUCUUGUGCAUUUUCGCGUGUAUUGGUAUUCUCUUCGCUGUCUUCUUUCUCGCUUUCAACAUCAAAUUCCGUAAUCAGAAGUAAGUA